AUGUUGUCCAGGAAAGGACUUCUUCCUGACGACUACCUGCUGACCCGCCUGGCCGAGGAUGUGCAGCAGCCAAAAUUCAGGGCUAAAGCGCGUAAAGCUCGGUUCGUGGCCAAGAACGGCGCGUGUAACGUUGCGCACACGAACAUUCGGGAACAGGGUCGUUUCCUUCAGGACGUCUUCACAACUUUAGUGGACUUAAAAUGGAUCCACACACUGAUCAUCUUCACCAUGUCCUUCCUGUGCAGCUGGCUGCUGUUUGGGAUGGUGUGGUGGCUGGUGGCCUUUGCUCACGGAGAUCUGGACCAAAAGGGAGAAGAGUUUGUGCCGUGCGUCACGGACAUACACUCCUUCUCUUCGGCCUUCCUGUUUUCCAUCGAGGUGCAGGUGACCAUCGGCUUCGGCGGCAGGAUGAUCACAGAGGAGUGUCCCUCUGCCAUCAUCAUCCUCAUCGUGCAGAACAUCGUUGGGCUGGUGAUCAACGCCAUCAUGCUCGGCUGCAUCUUCAUGAAGACGGCGCAGGCGAACAGACGCGCGGAGACGCUCAUCUUCAGCAAACACGCAGUGAUCUCUGUGCGCAACAACAAACUGUGCUUCAUGGUGCGCAUCGGGGACCUGCGCAAAAGCAUGAUCAUCAGCGCCACCGUGCGGAUGCAGGUGGUACGGCGCACCAACACACCUGAGGGGGAGAUUGUGCCUCUGGACCAGAUCGACAUCCACAUAGACAACCCCGUGGGCACCAACGGCAUCUUCCUCGUGUCGCCUCUGAUCAUCUGUCACGUGAUCGACAAAAGCAGUCCUCUGUUCGAGCUGUCCGCGGGAGAUCUGCAGCACGAAGAGCUGGAGGUCAUCGUGGUGCUGGAGGGGGUCGUGGAGACCACCGGCAUCACCACGCAGGCGCGGACGUCAUACCUGUCGGAGGAGAUUCUGUGGGGUCAGCGCUUCGUGCCCACGGUGUCCGAGGAGGACGGCAUGUACGCAGUGGAUUAUUCUAAGUUUGGGCACACAGUGAAAGUGCCCACGCCCUGCUGCAGCGCCAGGACUCUGGAGGAGGUGGGGGGCAUCUCACAGUUUAAACUCUCCGAGGGUCUGACCCCGCGGGGGACCGUGCGGAGGCGGAGAGGAGCCGCAGCAAAGCGCUCCAGGAUAGAGUUCUUGACCAUGAAGGACAAUGACAAGGGACAAUAA